UGACAACUAGCAAUAAGCUAAUAACCUAUCUGUAAUCUGUACACAUCUGAACCUGAAGAAUGACUCAAAGUUCCUGCCUGAAAGCCUGAAAAACAAGAAGGCGCACAAAUCCACACACCUCCGAUUCCGAGCUCUACUCUACUUUGUUCCUUUUCGCCUUGUCAAGCGCUAUCUUCACACCUCUUACGCCGUUACCCUCGUUGUCGUCGAGCCCAAUCCUACAGUCAAGAUGGACGCCGCCAACAAGCAGCCCACUAAGCUCGUCAAGGUCACUCGUGUCCUCGGCCGUACCGGUUCCCGUGGUGGUGUCACCCAGGUCCGCGUUGAGUUCAUGGACGACACCUCGCGUUCUAUCAUCCGUAACGUCAAGGGCCCAGGUAUGCGAUGCGAUUGAUUUGAGAUUUGAGAUUUUCGUUGGUUCCCGUUCGCGAUGGCAUCGAUUUUUCCACUACGAAAACACGACAACCGUUGAGAUAUCACGAAUGCGAAUUGAAAUAAGUGGAGGAAUU